AGAAAACAACUUCUCCUUUAAUAACAGCUCUGGAAUUAAUCGCUGCGUUUGUUAUUUAAUCGCAAACUCUCGAAUCAGCAGGGUCUUUCCACUUCGGACGUUGCAUUUCGACACAAGUGCAUCUUGCAGGGUAAGCUUCGUUGCAGAUUUUAGCAAAGCAUCACCCCACACCCCACACGGCAUCGAUCCUCUAGCGUUGUGCAAAACAAGUUCUGACCUUCGCGAUCACGAGAUAACCACCAGGAAACCAGUAUUCAUUAUCAUAUCGAAGGUGGUGUAGCCAACCAAACGCUCCAUCAUGACGAUUCCGACGGUUUCGUACAAGCAAUUUGGUGAUGAUAUUGCCCGUCCGGUGGCACCGGUUGGCACCAAACGAUGGAUCGUCCUGUACAUAAUGGUCACGGCAGUACUGCUAACCUCUCUCGCCUGCUGGAACAAUCUGUCCGGAGGAACGUUGGUAGAAAUCUUUCAAGACGAUGGCAAAGAUGAACCUCCAUCCCACACGGAGUACGCCAAAAUGGCCCGCUAUCUUGUGCAUAAAGCCGAAUGGGUUUCGAUGGGUUCGCUGUCGACGGUGGACGCCAUCAAGGGUUUCCCGAUGGUAAACAUAAUUUCGGUUGCGGACAGUGCGCGAGGCGAAAAGUCUACCGGUGUGCUGUACUUCUACCUGACCAUGCUCGACUACACGGCCCAGGAUCUGCACAAAGACAACCGGCUCACGGUGAUGCUGACGCUCGACCAGGACAAGUACUGUACAAACAACGGUAUCGAUCCAAUGGAACCGACCUGCGCCCGUAUCAUGAUCUCGGGCCGUGCGGACAAACUCGAGAACGGUACCGCGGAGUAUGAAUUCGGUUCGAAGGCCAUGUUCAGCCGCCAUCCGGCAGCCCAAAAUUGGAUUAAAACCGAUGGCCACAACUUUUUCCUCUGCAAGCUGAACAUCACGCAAAUCGCGGUACUUGACUUUUACGGUGGUCCACACUACGUUACCGUGGAAGAUUACAUGGCCGCCGCUCCCGAUAAGCGCAGCGUUGCCGCCGACGACAACAGCAACGAACGCCCAAUUCCGCCCCGUUUUUCAACAUCCACCCCGACCUAUUGAGAAUAUCUCGUGAUUGCGAAAGGUGUUGCUGUUAAUGAAGAAUAGCGAUUAUGAUGCACGGCUGUCCGUGUUGUGGUUGAUAGAAAAGAAUUAAGAGAUAAAGAGCGAGAGAGAGAGAAUUGGCAGACUGUCUUAGCAAAAAAAGCCCACAAUCAGCCCAGCGAAAGGUCGAAUGCACAAAGAAUGCAUUUCAGCAUAGCUGUGCACCUUUCGGCAGCACUUUCCACACGAGAUAACGCGUGACGAUCUCGCUCGCAUGCAUUGAAAACGAAAGCAAAGCAAAUCGUUUGUGAUAAUGAUUAUUAUUUCAGCAACAGAACAGCGUGAGGAUAGUUAGUUAGGAAGGAAGCGGGAUGAAAUUUUAACAACAAGUUUUAUACAUACAGAUAUUUACAAUCGAGUGAAUAAAAGGACAUAUCUGGUUGCAGA